CUAUCUCUGGCCAACGACACACACACAGGAGGAGAAAGUGUGUUCGUGUCUCUUGUCAGUCAGUGUGUCAGCCGUCCAUCCAUCACGCUGUUUCUGGCUGUCGAUGAGGAAUUGAAUGUUGCGCCGCCAAGACCCUGAUCGAACAGAGACAGAGAAAGUGAGUGGACUGGCCUGUAUGUGUGUUUGUCCACUCACUGAGUGAUUGAGUGGUUGACUGACUGACCGAGUCGUGAUGUUUGCUUUCGCAGCUCUCUGUUGAAUUUGAUUGCGCUCUCCCGUCUGUUUCUCCUGUCGCGCACGUCGCGGAUCUGCCGAUCGUAGUCGACAUUGAGCACGGGGAACUCUCCUGAGAGGGACGCACAGAUAUAUACCCUUCUCUCUCUGUCUGUCUGUGUAUGUGUCUGUGUCUCCCACCGUCGUCCAUGUCCUUGCCUGCAAUGCAUUGCCAUGCCACCACACACGACGUGACUGACUGUGUGUGUGUCUAUGUGAGAGUGAGUGUCUCUGUCUCCCUCUCAUUCUGCUCACCCAGCCACGGCCGGUACAUGAGUCCGCGGCCGCCAUUCACCGGAUCAACCAUCGGCGCCUGCAAACCAAUGGACGCCACACAUCGAUUCGAUUGGUUCGCUCUUUCAUGUCAGUGGCUUGCUUACAGGCCGCAGAGAAUUCGGCGGGAAGUUCUCGUCUUCUCUUCUCUCUGGGUUCACGCCAUCGGCUCGAGAGCCAACGACAGCCAAGGCCAGCAGAACCGUAACGACACACACACACGCACGCGUCAUGACGGAUGUGUUGGUCACUUGUGUUCUUUCGUUCGGCCUUUGCUUCUCAAGGCGCCUGAUCGAUCGAUCGACCAACUAAUGUGUCGCCUUCUUUGUAUCGAUCAUACAAACACAGACAUACAGACAUACAAAAAGAUGGGCGGAUACUGUCAGUGUAUCUGUGCAGUGCACGCAUCGAUGUCACAAUGGUUUCCCGUCGGAUUCUCCCAGCAGACAUCAAUUGACACCUCCAACCCAUUCAUUGAUACAUACAGAAAAAACACAAGUCGUCAUUGUUUUCACACACACACCCGCACAUCGGUGCAAUGUAACACACGCGUGCACACACACACACACACACACACAUAGCGUGCACAGCAGAGAAAGAAAGGA